UUUUUGCUUUCUCCACGUGACUCCAUGCCCUCAGAGUGGCUCUUGGACACUGGUCAUGAGUCAUGUAUUUAUUUAAAGCCUGGCCUCUUGUUGUUCCACUGUACGGACCAACACACAGCUGCCAACACAUGUUGUUUUGUUCAGACCAAGUCUUAAUGGCACUGAGAUUGUCUCCCAUCCCAACCUAUCACGCAAAUGUCUUCCUGAUAAUGAGCACCGCACGCCUCCUCCACCUCCCACAUGAUCCAGUGCCUCCCUCCCUCACCCCUGAUCAACAUUUUUCACAUUGUUAAUCACUUAUGUCAGCUUCUGGCAAUUAUAGACAAUUAAUCAUGUGUGAUUCACUGUCUCUCUCCGUCAGCAGCGUGCUCUACACUGCGUGAGCGAAAACGACAAAGGUGAAACAGCCUUUAUUAAGUAGGCAGCAGCGCCAGGGAGUGAACUCCCCAAUGAUAAGCAGCAUGUUGCAGUGCUUUGGCUAACACUUCCUUGAGGCGAGCGAUAAAGGCCAGGUGGAGAUUAAAUUACAUUAAUUCCUUCGCCAGGAGCCCCGACCCAGAAUGACUUACAAGACAAGGAGGAUGAGCUGUAGCGAAACUACUGCCAAAGCACUGAAAAAUGAAUUAACCAUCAGUGUCACAACACAGUGUGGUCCCAGCCCGUCGUGUACUGUCAACAAUCUGAAACACACACACACACGCACACACACACACACACAUAAUAGGCUGCACUGACUCCAGUGGUAAUUUAAAAUGCAAACUGUUUACUCAGAGUUUUCACAGAAGCAUAAACAGAAGAAGGUGUUUUUUCCAUCGUGUUUUAUUUUCAUCUGCUUCCAUCCAAAAUCAUUAACAGCCAAAGCAACAGUUUUCGAAAAACAACAGUCUACACACCCACACUUCACACCCAGUCUGGCAAACAUUGAUAUGCAAACAUGGUCAGUAUCAGCCAGUCCGUUACCAAGAAUACUGUAACCUUGCCUCCGAUAUUGCAAUGCAUUUAUUCUCUCGACUGUGAGCUUGUGAGAUUCAUUGGUGGAACAGGACAGAGGGAAGUCUAGUUCGGUAGAAACUCUGACUUCAACAUUUUGUGAAGAUGUGCUUCGUGCAGCAUUUGUUGGUGCUUGUGAGCCUCAUAGGAUGUGCUGAACUGAUCACAGUCACGACUUCGCAAUAUGUCAAUGUUACAAGUGGUCAAAGUGCUCUGCUCCAGUGUUCAUUUGUCUCCACUGAGGCGACGACCACCGGCCUCUCCAUCCAGUGGGAUUUCGUUUCUUCGUCCGCUGUGACUCCUCAGCAGAUCUAUUACUAUCAAUCAGGAAAGGUUGUCAUUGCAAAUUCUUACAAUGGCAGGAUUAAGGGUCCGUCUGAUCCUGGAACCACUAAGAAUGCCUCAAUAAUAAUCAGUAACAUGCAGUCAUCAGAUGCUGGAAUCUACACCUGCGAGGUUCACAACUUCCCCGAUGUGCAAGGAAAGUCUCAGGUUGUUAUCACGGUGAAUGUCCUCGAGAGGCCCUCUGUUCCUUACUGCGCCGUCCACGGUGAUGUAGGAACAGGUCAUCUGGUCACUCUGACCUGCCACAGUGAGCAUGGGAGCCCGAAACCAACCUACACCUGGACCAGACUGGACCAGACCAAGACAAGGAGGCCUGUACUGGGGAGAACGACCACAACUGGAGUGCUGGAAAUCAAAAACAUGUCCCAGUUCGAGUUUGGAGAGUACCAGUGUAAUGCUACUAAUGCAGCGGGGUUUUCUACCUGCAUGAUCGAGCUCAGUCCUGACACGGGAGAUGGAGUGGUUGCUGCUGCAGUGAUCGGAGCUCUGCUCGGCUGUGUGCUCAUCGCCCUGGCUGUGUGGUUCAGUGUUCGGGCAGUGAAGAAACACAAAUACAAAGCUGUGAAAGCAGGAGAGGUCAACGAGAUGAAGAGGAGCCAUCCUCAGGCCCAGGAGGCAGCAGACAGUGUUCCCAUGGCAACCACAGCCGGUGGCCACCAUGCUGAGGGAAAUGAGGCACAUGCUUAAAAAAGGUCCCAUGAAAACAAGUGGAACAAUGCCACUAAUCUGAAUAACAGAAUGUUCAGCCUUUGAUAUACAUCAGCUUCAUGUCUGAAGAUGCAUUUUUUAUGCUCGCCGUAAUUCAAUCACUUUGCAGCUUUAUUCAUUUGCCAAAUUGUUUCGUUGUGUUUUUUUUUUUUUCAUCAAACCCUUGCAGAAGUGCAGAUGCAGAUCUCCCUCCAACAUGGUGUGAAAGUGAAACUGUAGAAGGAUUUUUUAAAGUGUGUUUCUUAUUUGUUUGUUUUGUGAUUUUUGUAAGUGGUGUGACAAUCAAACCAAACCACUUUUACUCCAUAUCUAUGCUUAUUUGAAUGUACUGCAUGGAUUUCUAGGUGACAUAAAAACAGCUUUUCCAUGUGAUCAGAAUGAUGCAAAUAAUACAAAUGAUGAUCAUUGUGAUAGGGUGCUAAUAUUGAGGGUUGUGAGUAAUAUGCUCAUUGCGUGAUUUAGUUUUUUAUAGUUCCUUUGUAAGACAUUGUUGUGUUUGACCUUAACGUGUAUGUUUUUUGAUGAUUUGUAGCUUACAAGCAAUUUACAGAUCAUUAUUAAAUACAAUAUUGAGUUUUA